ACUGUUGGAAUGUUUAAUCAAUUUUAAAUAACUUUAGAUGAAAUUUUUUGAAGAAUCAAAAAUAGUAAUACUUUUAAAAACAUACAUAUUCAAGCUUCAAUGGAUGAGUCUACGUCAAUUGAAUCUAAUACAUCUCUCCCUGUUACAAUUGAACCAAAACAUGUUCAUGGAAUACGGUCGGAAGUUAUUGGAAAUAUACAUUUUAAUAGUAAUGAAGAAGUCAUAUAUCCAGUGGAAGCUGUUUUGGCAUUUCAUGACUAUGUGAAAGAUAAGCAAAGAUUCUUAAAGUUCCCUGUAAAUACUACUCCAACAAUAAUAACCUUAAGUCCGACAAAACUUUCAUUGGCAGUUGUCGAAGUUAGGAAAUAUGAACAGCGCGAAAGUCAAAUCACCAUAGUAAUCUAUGAUAUUAACACUUUCAAAAAAAAGCAAUCCUUCCAACUUCCAGCAGAAUUUCGACAGAAGUCCAUCACCCAAAUGUCAUAUACAUGUGAUUCAAAAGCAAUUGUUGUCCUAACUGAAUAUCCCGAUGAAAUGCUUUAUAUGUUUUUUUUUGAUAAACUUGGAACGGUUGUUGAAGGCCGUGCGGGUAAUGUAAAUCGACGAGGAAUGGCAAGUCAUAUUUCUUGCAAUCCUCACAAUCCCGAUCUUGUGGUGGUAUGUGGAGAAGGACUUAUAAAAUUGAUGAUGAAAUCAGAAAAUAGUUUCACCUAUUGUGGCGAUAUUAAUCCCAACUUAUAUGCAACUUCAGUGGCAUGGACCUCGGAGGAAACGUUUAUUGUUGGCACCAAACAGGGAAUGUUAAUUAUUUACAGCAAUGCAGUAAAGCUUAAAACUUAUCGCGCUAUGGAUGUGGAAAAUUUUGACAUUACCACCAAGCCUGAUUUUGAAAAUCAACUUCUUGUCCAAGAAGCUUCAACAGUUGCAGAUCCCAUGGCUAAAAGUCAAGCUGUUGUUUGUAUAAAUGUUUUUUCAAUGGGAGUGGCAUUUGCAAUUUUCAAUCGAGUUUUUGUUUUUGAGAAGCCUUCAAAGGGGAAAUAUGGAAGGAAGACAAUACUGGAAAUACCAAUGGAAAACUAUCCGGAAGAUCUUUAUCAAAUCACAAAUAUGGCUAUAAAUUCCAAACAAGACACUGUCCUUGUUACUACGCUGCAUAAUCAAAUUUAUGUUGGAAUUCUUAUAGUUCCACAAUCUUAUAAAACUCAACGGAUUAAAUUUCAAACACUUGGUGAACUCAUCCAUAUUGAUGAAAUUCGUGAUAUAUGCAUGUGCUCCUGGAGACCAAUUAUUAUAACUUCUUCUAAAGACAAAACUAUAAGAAUCUGGAAUUAUCACACUGGAAAAACUGAACUUGUCAAAACUUUUGAAGUUGAAGUGACAGUUCUUGAACUUUAUGCUUCUGGUCAAUAUGCAGCUGUUGGUUUUAUUGACAAAGUUAAAAUCAUGCAAAUUUUCAUGGAAGAUAUGAAUCUACUUAAAAUAUACAAGUUUCCGAAGUCGAAGGAUAUAAAAUUUUCAUAUUCUGGGCAUCUGAUGGCAACAGCUUACGAGAACAACAUUGCCAUAACGUCAGUCUUCACUUUGGAUACUCUCAGAAUCAUGAAGGGUCACUCUGGAAGUGUUUUAACUUUAGCUUGGGCUAGGAAUGACAAAUCAGUGAUAUCCGGGGGCUCUGAUGGUGCCGUCUAUCAGUGGGAUAUCGAAACAGGUGCGCGCCUUCAAGAAGUCAUUCAACCAGGUUUAGAAUUCUAUUCCUUAUGCGUACCAAACGAUCCCGAAUGCUUUUACGCAGCAUCUAAUACCGGCAUAAUAAUGGAAAUUAAAAAUUCAAAAAUUCUCAGAGAAGUUAAAAUGCCAUCGAAUUCACCUCUGCAAGACAUUGGAUUAACACGUUCUGACUUAGUUAUGUUCGCAGCCACAAAAGGUGGCCACUUAUACAACGUCCAUAUGCCAUUCUCUGAUCCAGAUGGAGGAGGAACCUUAACCAAGUUCCCCUUCUUUGACUCAGCCAUAACUAAACUUCGAUUUUCCCACGAUGGUACUAUGCUAAUAACUAGUUCCGCUAGUGGAACGUUGGUUAUUUGGGAAUUGCAAAACAUUAAAGAUAAGGUAGCACCAAUAGAUAAGGACUUGCUGAAGAGUCAGGAAGUUCUAAUACCCCGUCAAGAAUUGGAAGACAAAAAGAAACGAAUUAAAAUGCUUGACACACGUCUUCAAAGACAAGCUGAUGAGUUUUAUAAGAAGCAAAGCCAAAAUCAAGCUUCUGAACAGCAGAUAAUAGAUGAAACAAUCAAAGAUUAUUGCAUAUCUGUGAGAGAGAUCGAAUUAAAAAAUAAGAAAGGUGUCGAAGCACAUGCCAUAGAAGUGAGUAAGUUAAAAACACAAGUUGAUGAAAUUCAAGCUGAGCAUAAAUUAAAUAUGGCAAGAAUUUCGGCCCAAUACACACAUCGCAUCGAAUUGGAGCACGGACAAUUCUUGGAACUUCGAUCGGGUAUGAUUACAAUAAGAGACACUUACGAAAAAAGACUUAAGGACAGCGAACAACUCCUUCGUGAAACAGUUGCAGCAUUGGAACUUGAUUUUAAGAAACAGUACGAAGACCGUCAAGAAGUCUAUCGGGGGAUUAUAAAAAAAAUGGAUGAUAAGAAGAUUGAAUUUGCCGAGUUUUGUCGGAAGGUGGAAGUCGAAAACGAUCGAAAAAUGAUCGAUAGUCAGAUAGAAUACGAGACUAAAGUUAGAUCUGCACGUAAUGAAACCGAUAAGUUGAAGGCUCGAGCUAACGUUUAUCAGUCAAAAUAUGACAAUGUCAAACAAAAUUGCGAAAACUUACUUGAACAAGUGGAAAAUAUGAAAGAUCAGCAUUUCAAAGCGAAAGAUUUGAUUGUGGAGCUUACUAAUAGAAUAAGUGAUCUACGUGAGGACUUAGUUGUUCGUGAAGCUACCAUGGGACAAAAAGAUAAGCAAGCCGAUGAUAUGGUCCUCAAAAAUGAGGAAAUGGAAAAGUUCAGGGAAGUCUUAGGUCACAAAUUGAACGAGCUCAGAAAAAAAGUAGGACCUCGAGAAAUGAUAAUUGUUGAGAAACGAAAACAAAUUGCCGACUCGGAACAAGAAUUGGUUGGUGUCCAACAAAGCAACAUCGAGCUGAACCUUCAGUUAAAAGAUCUCAAUGACAGAUGUAGAAGUGUUAAUGUAGAGUUAAAACAGGAACGCAAACAAGCAGAAUUAUCUAAAUUGGCCCUAACUCAGAUUCGCACUGAAAUUUACCAGCUUUCUCAGAAGAUUGAUAAUCCCGACGAAUUGAAAAAGGGGAUACAAAGCAUGUUUUUGAAGUAUUCUGAUGAUGAUUAUCUUAAGAAAUUCGCAAUUCUAGAUGCUUCACAGACAACUGAACUUCUAAAUCAAAGACUAUACAUUGAGAAAAUUAUGGAAAUUUUUAGACAGAAAAUGGAACAAGAGUCUUAUCAAAGCAAAACAAUGAAGAAACUUGUGUUUGAACAUAAAGUUUUGCAAGAACAAUUAGCGAAAUGUCGAAACAAAAAUUUGGCAAAUGAAAUAAAGAACUUAAAGGUUUUGGUGGACAUUUUCAAGAAGAUCAAAAAGCUUGAAGAAUCUGGAGAUGGUUUGGUGAAAGUCGAAAAUAUCAAGUUUUAUUUUGAUGAAAAGAUAAAGGGUCUUAAAGCUGAUAUCAAGAAUAUGAUUGAGAAAAAUCACAAAUGUAAAAAAAACAUCGAUAUGAAACGAAUGAUGCUAAAUAAAACUGAUUUAUAAACGAUAUUUUA